AUGCAUCACAUCCAUGAAAUACUUCAUCGAGUUGUCUUCACUGAUUCGGGUUCCAACUACAUGGAUGUAAGCGUUCAAAGAAGGGGCAAUAGUCUCUACUUUAUCGAAGGAUGGUUGGAUCUACUCACCUAUUAUGACCAACCUAAUGGAAUGUGGUUAAAGCUAGAUUUCUUAGGAGGAGCUCGGUUUUUGAUUGAGAAAUUGCAUCCACAGAACUUUAUAGGGCAAGUUCAAGUUCCAUCCCCUCCAUGCUUUUUACGUCUGCCUGAAAAUUUUCGAAGUGGAGCACAUAAUGAGAUUCAAUUCCCUCAGUUUAAGUUCAGUUUUGCUAAAUUCGUGACAAAUUCAGAUAUGCAAUUUCAACGAUUGAUAUUUUCUAUUCAUAUUUUAACUUUAUUUGAUAAAGGUCUACCACCACACAAGUUGGUUCUGAAGGUUGGCGCUCCUGUUAUGUUGCUGCGGAAUAUAGACCAAACUAAUGGUUUGUGCAAUGGAACGAGGAUGCAAGUUAGAAGAAUGGAAAAUCAUGUGAUAGAAUGUAAGACUUUAACUGGUAACAAAGCUGGAAGUAUUAUUCUUAUUCCAAGACUAAAUCUAAUUCCAAAUAAUGAAACAUUGUCGGUCAGGUUUCAAAGAAGACAAUUCCCAAUUAUCAUGUCAUUUGCAAUGACAAUAAAUAAGUCUCAGGGACAAACUCUAUCGAAAGUUGGAAUUUACCUUCCAAGGCCAGUCUUUACCCAUGGUCAAUUGUAUGUUGCGUUAUCAAGGGUAACGAGUAAAGAUGGUCUGCGAGUGCUGUUGCAAGAUCAUGGACACUUGGAAGAUAACUGCACGAUGAAUGUGGUAUAUAGAGAAGUUUUUGAGAACCUAUAA